AUGCUGAAGUCGCGGAACGUAAUCCAGCCGGCCAAACCUCCACAGCACACCAACCAGCAGCUGAUUCCGGUGAGCAUUAAUUACAUCAAAUUAAUUCGAGAGCGCUAAUGAGUUCGGUGCCUGGGGGACGCGCGCUUUCGCCUAAUUUGGGGUUAUUCAAAAGUGGACUUGCGCAGGAUAAUCUGGUUAAGCCUGGCGGAUCGAACAAUGCCUUUAGGCCAGAAGGGAACAGUAAUUCGAAAGGGGUGGGUAAGAAAAGGCUGACAGAGGUCUAGGGGAAGGGGAAGAGGGUGAGGUAAAUGGUUGAAGAAAAAUUUUUAAAAGUUAAGGUAUGGCAAAACUUUAAAAAAAAUUCAAAUUUUUUGAUUUUUUAAAAUUGAUGUUUUUUAUUUUCGAUCGAAUGAAAACGUUCAAAAAUUUUUUUUAGGCAUGUACUUUAACAUUAGUUUAAUUUUUAUUGCUUGAAUACUCAAAAUAAAUUUUCAAUUUAUAAAUUUUUAAAUUUGGCGGGUUUUUUGGCAUAAUGUUUCAUGUUGUUUUUUGGUCCAAAAAUAUGUUUUUUGAACUUGUUACCUUAACUUUUAUGAUAAUAAAGUCUUAAAUUCAUUUCCAAACGCCGUGUUUUUUGUUUUUUAAAAUUUUGACAUUGUGUUGCAAGUUGAAUUUUAAAAAAAUUUUAAAAACAAAAAAAAAUUUUUUUUGGUAAAAUACGUUGGCCUCCAUCGCUUUCAAAUUCAGUUUUUAAACCAAAAAUGCUUUGAAAACUAUUAAAAUUGAGUUUGAAAUAAAACGUUGGCGCCAAAUUUAAACAGAAAUUAGAUUUUAAAAAAUCGAAAUUUAAUCGAAAAUUUCAAAAAUUUUAAGAAAAAUUCAUGUUUCUCAAAAAGCGUAAAAAUGCGUAUUAAAGAUUAAAAGCGAUAAGUUUUGAGGGCAUUCCUUAACAUCCUUGGGGACAGGAAUGGCUGGUCAGCUGUUUCUAACACUCGUUUUUUUUCCUUUUUUCGGCAAAAAUGACCACAAAGCAGCGGAUCCGACUGUUUCGUGAGCGGAAAUCACUAAAUUUUGCUUUGUCUUUCAGCUAAUGAGUCAGUGCUUACGAAAUUUGAAUAUUUGGGUUUAAAUUGGAUGGAUCUUCUAGGGUUUUAGUAGUAUUAAAUUGCUUUUUGGGAGGGGGCGGGAAAAAAUUUUUUUUAAAAAUGUUGAAGGUGCAAAAAUAAAAUGAUUUUUUUCCAAAGUCUGAGAACAGGGGGGUGGUAAAAUACGGAUUUUUCAGAGUUGGAGGGUUUUUUUAAUGUUUUAGGGUAGAGUAGUGAAAGAUAAAGUAGUGUAAGUUGGGGUUGGGUUAAAGUACGCCAAGAGAAGGGCUAGGGUAGGGCUAUGGUAAAAAAUGGGCAGGGCUGGAAUAAUUUGAGUAGUGUUUUGGCAAGAUUACGGUACGCUAGGGUACGCUAGGGUAUGGUAGGGUAGGGCAGAAAAAUUCUAAAUUAGCUGCCCUAAGCUCCUUCAAAACUUUAAACAUUAGGAUUAAUUUUGACCCCCCCCUGCUCCCGAACGUUUCUCGAAUUAAACAAGCAAAAUUAAGGCCAAGUUUAUUCGAGGCGGUGGCGCAAUCACAGCUGUCAUCACCUAGUCGAACAUUUCGGAAGAGCAUCCGGGAAGCUCCCAUCGGUCAUUCCCUCCAAGUUACUUUGGUAAUUCGAAACGAGGCUUGUUUUUGUAAUGUUCUGCAAAGAUUCAUGACUUUGUCUUGGGGUUCUAAUGGGCAGCUGUUUUGUUAAAACAUAGAGUUAGGGAUGAGAAGGGGAGAGUAAGUAAUCAGUCGGGGUUUCUUUGUUGCAUAAUUAACAUUAGCGGGAGGUUUUAAAAGUUUUUUUUGAAAUCUGGCAUGAAAAUAAAAAAGUGUUUUGAGACGGCCGUAUUUUACAAAAAAAAAAUUUUUUUGAUAAAUUUUAAGUUUAAGCAAAAAUUAAAAAAAAAAUUUUAAACAAUUAAUUACAUAAUUGCUUUUUAUUCUCAUAAUCACUAUCAAAACCUUAACUUUUAAAAACUUGGUGAGAAAACUAUAUUUUGACUAAUUGCGCAAUUGUAUUUAUAUUAACCCUUUGCACAAGUGGCUAGUUACCCCUUCCCACCUCGUACAAUUAGAACAAUUGUUUAAUUAAGCGCGAACACUUGGAAAACAUGUGGAUUUGAUAUAAUAAUCAAGUACAUCUUGACGUUCCAAAGGGUUAUUUUAUGAUUUUUGAGGGGUCGGGAGAAAUAAAACUAAAAUUUUUAAAAAUUUAAUUUAAAUGAAAAAUAAUCUUUAAAAAUUUAAAAAAAAAACUAAAUUUUGAAUGUUAAAUACGGGCGAACAAUUGUUAAUUAAAUUUUUGGUAUUGGGGGAAGAUUUUUGGUAUUGAGGUUUGUUUUCAACAGAGCUGUUAGCUUUUGAAGGGUAGGGUAUAGUAGGCUUAGAAGAAAAUGCCCGACCCGCUCUGCUCUGAUUGACUUCAAAAUUUUUAAAUAAGAAAAUUACGUAAUUAUAAGAUCUUUAGCACUGUACUAAAUCGCUCUUUCUAAUCAACUUCAAGAAAAAUUGAGUUUAAAAAAUUACCUUUUGAACUCUUUGCCAAAUUGGCAUUGCGUUUCAAGCUUAUAACUUCGUAAUGUUUUCAUUUUUAAUAAUUUUUCUUUGAUAUACUAGUAGAAAACACUUUAACUAUACUUACAUAUUUAAAUUUCUAACUGUAGCUUGCUUGGAAAGCCAAAAAUAGUGAUAAAAACACAAUGCCAAACAUGUCAAAUUCGAGGGAAACUAAAAUAUGUUUUUUAAAACUCAAAGAUAGUUAAAAUUUAUUGUGAGUACUAUUGGUGGUACAAAGAAUUCAUAUAAAAAUUUUGAGCUGAUUUUGAGCGGGCCAAGUUUGGCCUUUCCCUUGUAAUUGUAAAAUACGUUCAGGUUUUUGUGGGUCUUCUAUUUUUAAUAAAAAAUAUUUAAAAAAACGGGAUAUGAACGACAAAUUAAGUUAUUAAAUAAAAAAAAGUCUUGUCGCAAAUUUUCGAUGUUUUGCAAAUUAAAAAAGGACAAGACUUUUAAAACUUCAAUAUUUUGCACAUCUAUCAUGAUCUAUCAUAUUAUCCAUGAUGUUUGUUGAUUUUUACUUAUUUUUUAUUAUAUUGUGUUUUUUUUCAGAUCUAUACGGACUGGGCCAACCGGUAUCUAACAAAAUACGGCCGAACCCCGAUCCACGAUCUGACAGAAGACUUGCGCGAUCCCAAGACUUUGGUCAAUCUUGUGGAUGCAGUGAGUAAGUAUCAUAUGUCAGAGGGUUUUUACUGUAAAGUUGUUUUGAUUUUCAUCAUUUUUUAAGGUUGGAAGGAGGUGAGGUGAAAUUUUUUAUUAUAUUUCUGGGUGGGGUAAAAAAUUUUUUAAAAAAAUAAAACUAAGAAAAUUUUUUUUUGUAAAAUACGUGCUCAUUUUCAAAUAAUAUAGCCCUAAAGUAAUAUCACUUUUGAAAACUUUAAAACAAUCCAUAGUAUCGAAUAACCAAACUUUUCGAAUAUCGAAUGGACUGAACUAAGAAAAAGCAAUCAAAGUGGUCUGAAAGCAUUCCCUGCGGCAUUAUUGUCAGUUGUCAAGUUUAUGGAAUGAAAAAAACAAAUUUCGCUUUUUUUGCAAAAAGAUAUUACUAACAUAUUAUAUUCUAAGUGCCGUUCUGACUCUUAUCGUAUAUGAUCUGGGACUUAGGGGUAUGUAAUGUGGGGGGACAGAAGGUAAGCAGCGGGGAGAACAAAGGAAACAGAAGAAGAAAUUUUUCUACCGCGCCCUACUGUACUCUCUCCUACCCUACUGUAGCCUAUCCUAUCUUACUCUCCCUAGCCUACUCUAUUCUACCUUAGCCUACUUUAUCUUACCUUACUUUACCCUAUUUUACUUCAUCUUACCCUUAAGAACCUUCUCAUCAUAUAGGAAAACCCUGAUCAGCCGCUAACCUUUUACGCUUUAACAAUAUAAAGUGCUGGCCUUAACGAUCUGCGUUAUAAUAUGAUCCACUAAACUCAAUUUCAUUCAAUUUUAUGACACAGUAGCCCCGACUCAAAUUAAAUUCUAAUAUCUCUGACAAUUGUGUUAUCACCCUGCCAAAGCUCAUAAAAUGGGCCUGUUAAUAUUACAUGUGGGUAGUUCCGAGAGUCCGUUAAGAGCCAUAAGAUGAACCCCAACGGUUUUAUGGGCCGAUCGGCCGCCAGCCGCUUAUGUCUUUAAGAUUAUGUUGUUGGUAUGCUAAAGUUCUUGGAAUGGUUGUAUAGUUUUAGGUUGGGCAGAUGAUUGCAAAAUUAAAUAAAAAAAUUUUUUUGUUUGGUAUGGAUAGAGGGGGGAGGAAGGAGAUCAAACAAUUCUUAAAAUUUAAAAUUUUGCCACGCCCAAUACUUUCAAGUUCAAAAAAAAUUUUACCUUGCCCAAAAUCUUUAAAAUUUUCGUUUCUAUCCCCUAAAAUUUUUAAAAUCCAAAUCUUACCCCCCCUUAAAACCUUGAAAUUCCAAGUAUUACCCCCACCCUAAGAUUUUAAAAUUCAAAAUUUCACCCCAGUCUAAAAAUUUUUAAAUUCUAAAUCUCACCCUCCUUUCCCCAUAAAACCUUACAAUUCUAAAUUUUAACCCGCCUAAACCUUUAAAAUUCCGUUGGAGAAAUUUAUCCGUAAGACGGAAGUAAUCGCGGACCUCAUUACUCAUCUGACUGUAUUUCCUAAAAUUUCAAUUUUUCAGCUUUGGGCUGUCCAGGCACUUCCCAAACCACCCUCCUCUGCUCACUCAACGCGCCAACGCCGGUGAGUUUUUUUUUAUUUUCGAUUAUUUAUUACGCAACAUUCGAAAUUUGAAGGGCUUUUUCGAUAAUUCCAAUUUUUACUUUUUUCUGAUUUGGAGUUAGAAGAUUGGGCUUGUUUUUAUUUAAAUUUAAAGUUUAUAAGGGGUUGCUUUGGAUUUCUUUGAUUAGGAGUGAUAAUACUGAAUAAUGGAUUUUUUUUUUAAUUUUGAAGUUUUUUCACUGUUAGGGUAAAUCUAAAAUUGGUUUUUCAAAGAAGAUAGAAUAAGGUAGGAAAAAGCUACGUUAAGAUAUAGAACGAUAGAGCAAAAGAAGAGCUAAGUAAGGUACGAUAGUAUAAAGAGAAUAGUAAAGAAAGAGUAGGCUGAAUUAAUGUAAAGAAAGGUUUUUUAGGGCAGGGUAAGGUAGAGUAGGAUACCAAGCCCGUUUCUCACUUCUAGGUUAGGGUAGAGUAAGAUACGGUAAGGGACCGUCCGGGUCGACUAGAGUAAAGCAGGGUUCGGUAAACUCAUAGCAUUAUGCUUUAAAAUAAAGGCUCGUGCUAAAUUUUUGAAGGCAAGUAGUAGACCAAAAGCGUGGCUCAAAAAAAAUUUUUUUAUACAUAAAGGUUUACUAGCUUGAGGUAAAAAUUAAUUAUUUCAAAAUUUUACUAUAUUUAAUUUCACUCUUUUUUCAAAAACCUUGAAUAAUACGUUUUUCCUGGAACAAUAUUUAAUUUUUGUAACUUUCUCUUUGCGGUUUUUCGCUUUUACAGUCGCAGUAAUUAAUGAAAGUUUGCUAAUGACCCGACCGAAUAUUUUUAAUUAAACACUAUGAGUAAGCCAAGGGUAUCUUGUUUUGAAAUUUGUACCGGCAGAGCAAUAAAAUGGGUUUAAAAGGGAUUUGAAGUUUGGCCCACCCUAUAAACUUUCAAACUUGCACCCCUCCCUUAAAUCCCCUUUUUACCCCGCCCCAAAUCCCCUAAUUCAAGGUUUGUAUUAAUAGUAUUAGCUCGGCGCGGUUAAUUUCAUCACAUUUCAAUUUAAACCCUCAAAACCCCUUAAGGCAUAAUGUAAAAUGGGCGGAAGAAGGCGCUUGAUUAGCUGGCCGAGAGAACGGAGAUGAGGGCUCUUCGAAUGCCGUCGGCCGCGCCUCCCAAACCUGCUUGUUUCGAUUACGUGCGCGGGUGUUGGCGCCUUUCUGCAUCUAAAAACUACUUCAAGUUUCUGGGUUUUGCGAAGGGAAAUAUGCAUAUAAUUUUAAAUUUUUCAAAGAAGUUAAGUUUUGUAAAUAGCUAGAACCUGGACUGUCUCGGCGUAACUUACUGAUUUAAUAUUAGCUUUAGGGUUAGCUUGAACUUGAGCCUAAGCUUGAGCUUUAGCUUGAGAUAGAGCUAGAGCUUGGGCUGAGUCUUAGCCAUAAUCUUAGCCUUAGCUUAAGCCCUGGUUACUUUGGCAUUCUGUUGCAAGCAACUUUUUAGUAUUUUUAGAUCUUAACGUUAAACAUAAUAAUAUUGUAAAUAUACGUUGUCUUACCACAUUUGAUUCGAAAAUAAAUAAACUUACUACAUACGUUUAUACUUUGUUUUUCAGAUUGAGUGCAUUGAAAAGUGCCUUCAUUAUUUGGCCGGCCUGGGCGUGAACGUAGCCAACCUCAAAGCCCAAGGUAAGUUUUGUAACUUUUUGACAAUGAUUUUUUAAAUUAAUCAUAUUUUAAAAAACUUUUGAUACUUUACAAAUUUUCUAAUAUUAUACCGCACAAUUUAAUUUUUACAACAGUUUUUCACUUCUACCUUUAUAUUAGGAUCUACAACAAUAUUAUUGUCCCAUGAAUUUAAUAAAAAAACAUUGUUUCGCACAAUAAUUUCAUUUUAAAACAUUAAAAUUUAAUAACUACUGCAUAUUAAAAGAACAUUUGUCUUCUGUUUUUGCAAUUUAUUCAUAACUAUAGUGUAAAUGGGCCAACGGAUCGGCCAAAUUUGCAUAUUUAUAGCUCACGCAUCUCCGAAAAGUCUUCAAAAUGUUAUAUUAUGCAUACUUUCCAAUUUUAAUGUUUUUAAUUUUAGGAAUAAGGCGGGGUAAUUUUUUGUUUUUUACGACAAAGGCGGGGUAUUUUUUGUCAGCAAAUUGUUGUAACUUCAAAAAAAGGUGAACAUAAUAUGGUUUUUUAUGUUUUACACGCCAUUUGAAAAUAAAAAAUGGGCAUGGUAAAUUUUUUGGGGGUGGUUUUUUAAUUUUUGAAAAUUGUUGUUUUAAUAGUUUUUGAAAAAAGCUUCAGGAUGAAAAUACGACCGUUUUUUCGAACAUCUUAAUAUAUUUAUGCCUGAAGAGCACGAAAAACAUAGGGAAGACACUUUUUGUUAAUAAUUUAUGAACUGUUUGCAUUAAAUGGCUACAGGAAUCCCAAACUUUGCUCUAGGCGUUGAUUAAGCUGUCAAGUUUUUCUUUUAUUUUUUAACAAAAUUUCUUAAAAUUUGCAUAUUUUAGGUGAUUUUAGUACUUUAGAUUUAAGAUAAAGCAGGGUAGGGUAAGGAGGGUAGGGUAAGAAAGGGUAGAAUAGGGCAGGGUACUUUAGGGUAGGGUAAAAGACGUAAAUUAAAGUAGUUUGUAAAGAAAGUAAGGCUUUUUAACAGUUUUUUAAAUUUUUGGUUAAAAAAUAAUUUUUAAAUAUUAAAAAUUUUGAUUUUGAUGCAAAAAAAUGGCGCGCUUAAUUUAAUUUUUUCUUAUUUUCGACCAAACUUUUCCUGGUGGUAUAUUACAUGUAGCAUUAGCUGCUACUACUAUGUAUACUAUGUAGAUAUUAGCAGCUAAAAAAACACCUGUACUAACAUAAAGCCUUUGUUGAUGUCUGUUCAUUCGUUUCGGCAAUAUAAUUUAUCUUGUUGUUGUUAUCUCUUACCUCCCGCGUUAAGUUGUUUUUUAGAGUAGAAGACUUGACAAAGUGUCGUUACUUUUUUCGUCGGGUUUACUGUUUGCGAUUAGCGUAAAAAAUACGUUUACGGCUUCAACUACUUAGCGAUAAGCUAGUUUUUAAGUUUGAUGGUUUUUUUCGGAUUUUCAGGGUAAUGUAGCUAUAAAGUAGAAGUCAGGUAUCAGAAAAAAAUUUUGAAGGCACAGAAGGGUAAUUAAGGGACGGGUUGGGAAAGAUGUAAUAGGAUAAGGGGGGCUACGUCAUAUCUAUUGUAGUAUGAUAGAGUAAGGUAGAGGGUAUGGUAAAGAAAAGUAUGUAGAGUAAAACACGAAACGGCACGCUAGACUAAGGUACAAGUAUUAUAGGUUACAUCUAAAGCAUAUCUAAGACAGGGUAGGGUAGGGUAGGGUAGAGUAAGGUAGAGUAAGGUAGGGUAGGGUAGGGUAGGGUAGGGUAGGGUAGGGUAGAGUAAGGUAGGGUAGGGUAGGGUAGGGUAGGGUAGGGUAGGGGUAGGGUAGGGUAGGGUAGGGUAGGGGUAGGGUAGGGUAGGGUAGGGUAGGGUAGGGUAGGGUAGGGUAGGGUAGGGUAGGGUAGGGUAGGGUAGGGUAGGGUAGGGUAGGGUAGGGUAGGGUAGGGUAGGGUAGGGUAGGGUAGGGUAAGGUAGGGUAGGGUAGGGUAGAGUACGGUAUGGUAUGGUAACAAAAUGUAACCUAUGGUAUUUAAACUCACAAAAAUCAUUUCAAUACCUCCCAAUUCAUCCUUGUAUGUUGCGACAAAUCCACUGACAGGCUUAAAUUCAGAUGACGGAUCUGCCUUACAAGACUUUCGAUUCCUGACCCCUCAGGGCGCUAAUCCGAUCAGGCUUUAUUCAAAAACGACUUUCGCUUCGCCAUUUUUUAAUUUGUUUUUUGUGACAACGCUGAUUCAUAGCCUUUCUCAUAACUCCCUUAUCGUUGUUUAUCAAAGGGACUGGAAGCCCAACGAAAAAUGCGUUUUAUCGGGAUUUUGCUGGGAUUUGCGUACGAUUUGUAGUUGAAGUUUAAAGGGAUAUUGUACUUGAAAUGGCUAAAGUUUGGAGGAUAUGGUACUUGAAGUUUUCAUACUAGUUUUUAAGGUACUAUUGUCAAAAGUUUGGGAAGAGGAGAGAUUGGAUCAAGAUUUUUAUAAGGAGGGGGGGGGGGGGGGAAGGAGCGGGGAGAGGAACGAGUUGGAAUUUCUUGGGUAAAUCUGGGGCUCGUAAGGUAGUGUAGAAUAGGGUAGGGUAGAAAAGGAAAACAAUUUUUUUGGUUGGCAAGGGUGGGUGAGGCAAAAAAUUUGUUUUCUUGCAGGAUUUAGGGGGAAAAUUUAAAUUUCAAAAAUUUUUUAAAUUUGUGUUGGUAUUCAAAUUUGACAUAACUUUUGAUAUGUUCAUACUACAUGUAUCGGAUUCAAAAUAAAUUUUAAAAUAUUUUUUUAAUUUUAUUUUUUUUAAUAUUUAAAAACAUUUUAAAAAUUUUUUAAAAUCACUAUUAAAUAAACAUUUUCCGACAUAAACCUUGCCCCAAUACUUUUGUCAUAGCCUUCAAAAUUCCUCCUUUUAAUCCACUUCUCAACCCAUUUUCGCAUUCGGAACGCCUUAAGCCGCGCGGUUGUUGAAUAUACAUUUUGAGAAGUGUCAAGAGUUGACAAGUCGUCCGUCGGCUUUGAUCAUGGCCAUGUGUUUAUAUAAAAUAAUAUACUCGAAAUUUGUAUAAAAACGAUUAGCCAUUUGUUUUUCGUCGUAUUGUUGUUGCAAUAUAAUGGGGACGUUGGUCAGGUGGAUAUUAUAGUAAUGUUGAUGUGGUUUUGAAGUGGCAUUGGCUAUGUUAUAUUAUAGGUUUUUUUAAAAAGGCGGGGGGAGGGUGAAAAGGAGUAAAAAAAGACGUUGAAGAGGGUGAGGGUAAAAUACGGUUUUUACAAUUUUUUUGAUUGUUAAAGUUUUAAAAAACAUUACUUAAUACUUUAUCAAAAAAUAAUUUCAAAGAACUUGUGGCGCUAACCUAUGAUAAUAUAUUUGACUGUUAAAUGACUCACAACGUCCUUGCUGUUUGUCUCAUUAAUAAAAUGGCUUGUACCUUUAUAAACACACUAUCUUUCCUAUCAGACUACUAGGUUUUAAUUAGCGGAAGCACUACUGUAUUCUGCAAAAGUUUAGCUGAAGAUGGGGCUGGGGCUCUGGGCUAGUUCUCCGGGCUAAGAAUCUAGGUUAGGGCUCUGGCUAAGGCUCUGGGCUAGGGCUCUCUGCUAGGGCUCUCUGCUAGGGCUCUGGGCUAGGGCUCUGGGCUAGGGCUCUGAGCUUGGGCUCUGGGCUAUGGGCUAGGUCUCUUGGCUAGGAGUAGGGGUGAAAAACGAGCCGUAUAGGCUCAUCCACAUUGUCUAGUCGGGCAGGUCUUGUUAAGCUAAAGACGAAAAGAGCCGGGCCAAGCCGAGCCUAGAACUUUUUCGACCGGCUGGUACUAAACGUUAGGAUCAGGGCCUGGGCCGAGCCUUAAAAGUGGGCCCAACUUAGCCUGUUUUUCCUCCUAGGGCUACAACUAGGGCUUCAAAAAAUUGUAUUACUAACAUCUAAAAUAUCAUUUUUAUUAUCAUUGGCAGACGGGGCAAGGGUGAAAUGUUAAAUUAUACACCGAUCAUUACGCGAAACCGUUUGUUUCACUUUUCAACGCGCUUUUACUCGGCCAUUACCCAAGCCUGACUCAUUGCCUUAUUUUUGUUUCUAAAAUCAUGACUAGCUAUUGUUCAACAGACUUUUUUCAACUAAAUAUACGUGAUUGUUUACUUUAUGUUGAGGUUUCUUUAUUGAUAUUUUUGAAAAUUUGAAGUUUGUUACCUAAUAUUGUACUUGAUAUUAAAAGUUUUUGUCAGUUGUUGGACAAAAACGUCAUUUUGUGUAUUUAUACUUAGCGCCUUCAUAAUAAACCUUUAUUAUUUGAUAAAACAUAUCUUUUUAUUACCUAAAAACCACAUUUUUCUAAAUAAAAAACCUCCAUUUCUAACCUAAAACUUCACCUUUUCAGACCUAAAUCAAGGUCAUUUGGGUGAGAUCUUGGCCCUAUUGUUUGCCCUAUCACACUACAAACAAUUACAUCGACAGAAUACGGAAGGAUGUGUUCAGGCAUCACCAAAGCAUCUUAAAGGACCUGGAUUGGAGGGCUCUAAAAUCGCAAAAGUUACAGUAUCCGCCAAGGCCGUAACGCAAAGCACAAUGAAGAUUCCGACACCGGCGGGGAGGAAGUAAGUUAUUGAUAUUGUUAUAUUUAAUAAAGACAUUGAGGUAGGGUGGAUAGAAUAAGGGGUAGGGGAAGGUAAAAAGUCUUGUCGUUUUUCAACAAGAGUAUGCACGCAGAAAAACGACAAGACUUUACUAGAAGCUUCGUUUUUUAUUUUUUAUAUAAAAAAAUAGUUUCAUACCUUUUUAUCUAAAUUUUGAGCAAGAAAUUUAAAAGAUUUAAAAUUAAAAUUUUUUUUGCAUUUUUAGCCAAAACUUUUAAAUGUAAAGCCCAAACCCUAUGAUAGUAUGUAAAAAAACCUUAAAAAUUAUCAUUAAGCCCGGAACGAAUUGAUAAAUUAAUGUUCUUUUAACAUGUUCCUAUUAGCUUUCCUUUCAUUUUUUCACAUUUUAAUGUUUUGAAUCAAAAUAUGUGUUCAAAUAAAACAAAUUGUGUUUUCAGAUCAAGUUUGGCCAAGCCAGAAACAGGCAUUCAGAAGCCUGCAAACGGACCCGUAUCAAAAGCUUGUGGCUCAAAACUUAUUGUUCCUAGCUCGAUUGCUAAAAAAGGUAAGGUUUUUUUGGUUAAAAGACGUUUUGUGGACCCUACAUUAUUUUAUUUUACCGUGCCCAGCCCUACCCUACCCUAUGAUACCUUACCCUGUUCUGUCCUAAGUACAUUUCUUACCCUCCGUGGAUUUUUGAGUAGGAGGAUGUAAAAUAUUUGGGGUAGAGAAUAAAAAAAACUAUUCAGGAAGGAGGGGAGGGGCAAAAAUAAAAUUUUUUGUUAAAAACAUAAAUUUUCUUUUCUUCCACCCCCUUAACCAAACAAAUAGCAAAAUUUACCCCUGCCACUACCAUUGCCCUCCUCUCUCCCUUUUUUAAACGUUGACCCCCCCCCUUAUCUCCCCUCUACGCCCCCGGACAUAGCCUCCUAUUCCAUCCGACCCCACAGCCUUACCUUGCUACCCCCCCCUUAAACCUAAUAUUCACAGAAAAUGAAUAAUGAAGCCUAUUAAUUUAAACCGCCUUAAAAGCCAGUGAACACACCGAAUGGCCAAGUGUUGACAUGUUGGCCAGAGGAAGGGCUUAAAUUAAAGUUGAACUGGGUAUUCCAUUUCGCGCACAUGCUUCUUCCGGUUUCGUUUCAAGCCGUAUAUUAGAAUAGACACUAUAAUUUAUUACGGGAAAUUCAAUUUUAUUUGUUAGUAAUUGUUUUAUAAUAAUAUUAUUGUAAUUUGUUUAAGCAUGACACUUAUAGCGCGCUAGAAAUAUAAUUCCAAAAAUUUUUGACAGAGAGUGGUUCAAUUUAAUCUUUUUUUCCAAAUUACUCUGAACUAUUCACCAUGCGCUACCUUUCCUGCCCUUGUCCUACUUUAACCAUGCCCUGGUCUUACUCGUGCCCUAUCUUUGUCUUGCCUUGCCUUGCCUUGCCUUGCCUUGCCUUGCCUUGCCUUGCCUUGCCUUGCCUUGCCUUGCCUUGCCUUGCCUUGCCUUGCCUUGCCUUGCCUUGCCCUGCCCUGCCCUGCCCUGCCCUGCCCUGCCCUGCCCUGCCCUGCCCUGCCCUGCCCUGCCCUGCCCUGCCCUGCCCUGCCCUGCCCUGCCCUGCCCUGCCCUGCCCUGCCCUGCCCUGCCCUGCCCUGCCUUGCCUUGCCUUGCCCUGCCCUGCCCUGCCCUGCCCUGCCCUGCCCUGCCUUGCGCUGCCCUGCCCUGCCCUGCCCUGCCCUGCCCUGCCCUGCCUUGCCUUGCCCUGCCCUGCCCUGCCCUGCCCUGCCCUGCCCUGCCCUGCCCUGCCCUGCCCUGCCCUGCCCUGCCCUGCCUUGCCUUGCCCUGCCCUGCCCUGCCCUGCCCUGCCCUGCCCUGCCCUGCCCUGCCCUGCCUUGCGCUGCCCUGCCCUGCCCUGCCCUGCUCUUCCCUGCCCUGCUUCGCUUUACUCUGGCAAUAGCCCUAGCCUUAACUUACCCUUUCACCAACCUAUACCCCCCUAUAAAAUAAAAAUAUUUUUUCACCCCUACCACUUUAACCUCUCACUAAUUUUACUAUAUAUAAUAUUUUACAAAAAAAUUUACGUAUAAUAUAGUCUUAUUUUACCUUCAUUUCCCGGUUUUAUUGGCAAAUAAUACGAUUUGCGAAAUUAGAAUGACCUGUCCGUUCUAUUAUACGAAAAAAGUUAUGUUUUAUCGAAAACAAUGACCGUUUUGGUUUUGCUGAAAGGGCAAUGAGAAGUGGGUAUGGGAGCGACAUUCAGAUUCAGGUCCAGGUUUUAGAAAAGUUGAAUGGAUUUUGUAAUUUUUUGAAAUUUUGAAGUUUUUUUCCAUAUUUUUGAGGCAAAAAAUUUUUAAAAUAGUCUCCGGGCUUAAAUUUUUGAUUUUAAAAUACCCUACCCUAAUUUAUUCAACCUCCCCUACCCUACUAUUGUUGAUAUGCAAAAAAAAAUAAAAAUUAAGAAUUUUUUUAAUUUUUUUUUAAAUUUUUAAAAAAAUUAUUAAAUAUUGUUCUUUUCAGUUCAAACCCCCACAACGGCCCAAACAGAGCCAAAACAGCCUGAGGCAACGACAAAAUUAGCUCCACCAAGGUCUCGACUGUCUGCUCCGCCACCGCCAGCAACUACGACAGCUUCUAGCCGGCUAAAACCUCCUGUUAAGGCUUCUUCGUCAAGGUAAACAACUUUUUUUUAACUUUUUUAGAAUUUUAGGUAUAAAAAAAUCGUUUUUGUAAACUUUUUAAAUUUUUUUAAAGUUUAGGUAUCAAAAAGACAUUAUUUUAAAUUUUCUUUGCUUUGUUUGGCCUGAAAGUUUCUAGAAUAUGGGGUUUUAUAAAUUUUUUGCUGUAAAACUACCUAAAAUAAGAGAUUUUUUUAGCAGUUUUUACUGUCUUGCUAUGAAUUUUUGAACCGAAAUUAAAUUUUGCUUUCCAUUUAAAAAUUUUUUUUUUUAAUUUUCAAACAUUAUAACCAAUAUUUCUGUAAAAAACCCCCUUUUUUAUCACCACAACCUCAUUUUCUCCAAAAUUCCCCCAGGCAUUUCGUGUUUAAAAACUGUGCAAAGGCUUGUCUCCAUAAUUGAUGACAUGUUCCCCUUAAACACCCUGAGGGGUCAUAAUGUAAAUAGACUUGUAAAGACAGACGGGUCUAUUUUGGUAGAUUUACAACUCGUUCUACUCGAUUUACAACUUGUUUUUAGUAGUUUUUAGCUAAAUUCUUGGAGAAAAUUGGUUUUUUCCGUAAACAUCUUAGUGGUUUUUGAUGUAAAAUAAGAGUUUUCAGCUGGAUGAUGUUAUAUUAAUAGUAGGUGUGAAAAAUUGUUUUGCAUGCGUUCCAUAUUGUCAUUGUUGUUUUUAAAGGCAUUAAAAUUGAGUUUUAUAGGCAUAACUACCUACUGUAACAUUAAAAACCUAGUAUAACAUAAUUUAAAGCAACUUUUCUUCAAUUUUUGGAGCUACUGAAACACUUUGACUAUAAUAAAAGUAAUUUCUGACACCUAAUGUAACUUUAUAACCAAAUAAAUUGCAGGAUAACCUCAGCACACGGCUCAACAAAUAACCUAGCUACUUCAAAUCUCUCUUCAACCUCAACUACAUCAACUACAAGUGCUUCAUCUACGUUGGCUACGGCGAAUGGUCAUGCUGGGUCUAAUCUUAAAGGUCCUAGCUUCCUGAGACAUCGCUCUUCCAGUGCUACCGUAUCCAAGGAGAUUCCGCUUACUGUAAAACCUUCUGUAAAGAAGACUACUGAAGUCAAGAUUCUAAAGUCAGGAGGUCAGAAGCUGAAAAGUGCACCAUCUGUCGAGUCAGUUAGAGUGCCAUUAACUCAAAGUGGUACUGGGUUGAAAGGUCAAGCUGGCCAGAGUAGUGGGUUGAAGUUACAUAAAGGUAACAGUAAGCUGGGAUCGCAUACUGCACUAAGUGCACCACAAAGCACUGCUGUACCAAUUUCUGGACAAAAUUUGGUGUCACAACAACCAGACCAAAAAGUGGUAACAAAAGUUUCUGAUUCAAAAUUGGCACCACUAGUAACAAACACAAAACCAGUACCAGCAGUACCAGACGACAAAUUGUUAACUAAAAAACAAGAAGAAAAACAGAUCCCACUGGAAACCCAAUCAGAAAACAAGCUAGUACCACCCUCGUCCAAGCCCGGCUCAAUAACUAAACUCAAAAGACCAACUGAAGGAUCUUCUCCAUCUAAAAUGAUGUCCUUCUUCGGAAAGGGCCGGAAAUCAGAAACAAGCAAGAAGACUGUAGCGGAAGAAACAAACACGCCACAAAAAACAGAUCCAGCUUCUGGAACCGCUUUAUUCACCAAACCCAAACCGCCUCAAGUGCCGGAGAAGAAAUCGAAGUUGGCUGUGACCAAGGCUGAUAGCGAUAUAAGGUAGGCUGUUUCUGAUCAUUUUUAAAAAUUUCUGAAGCCUUCAAAAGUUUAAUGAAGUCCUCCAUCUUUCAAAUCAUGGUUUUUAGCCAUAGCGGCCCAAAAACAAAAUUCUCCCGCGCAAAAGAUUUUUCCUAUAAUUUUUGCCAUGGAUAACAUUCUCAGCGAGUUUUAUCCUCAAUUUCUUUUGAAAAUUCUAACGUAAUUGGUUUCUAAACCUUCUAAAAUAUUAUCCCUUAUUUUAUAUCUCCAAUUUUUCAUCAAGACGAACGUUUUUAUAUUGUUAUAGUAGUUUGUCGAUAUUUGAGACCUAAAAAUGGAGCUAAAACAAUGUUAAGAUGUAGAAUUUCGUGUAAAUUGAUUCAAAUCUGAAGCGAACACUUAGAAUUUCGUUAAGAUAAUUUUUUUUGGUACCUAAAACAAAAAAAACAAUAAUUGAAAGACACUUACCAAUCCAUUUGUGACUUGUUUUAGCUUGAACUUGGUAAUGUUGUUGAAACAUAAAACAACAACAAUAAAACGUUAGUUUUGCUGAAAUAUAGGAAACUAAAGCAAAGUAAUAAUAUUUUAAAAACUUUAGAAACCAUUUACAUUAGUAAUUUCGUGAGGAAUCGAGGAGAAUUGAGUGGUAUAUUAUCCAUGCAGAAUUUUUUUUUAUUUUUAGCGAAAAUGAAAAUUUUUCUUCAAAAUUCGAAAAAAGCUUAAAAAUGUGUAUUUUCAGAGCUGAUCCAGCAUCAGAAGACAGUGCUUAUGGUUCGACAAUAACCAACAACCCAAGUCCGCGGUCUUCUUUGAGCAACAACAGUUCAACUCAUUCAUCUACCUCAUCUUUGGCCACUUUUCACAAACCUACUUCAAUCCCAGCCUCCGUUCUGCCUGAAACUAUACCAGAAGUUCCAUCUUGUACCAAUGUAUCAGACAGGACGACCAAUAUUAACGUAGAUAGGUGGAGAGAUCAAAGUUUGGACAGAAGAAUCGAUCAAAGCCUUGAGAGGAGAGCGGAUCACAGUCUUGAAAGGAGAGCUGAUCACAGUCUUGAAAGGAAGAUUGAUCUAGGCCCCAAAUUAGUUGAUGAUUCCGGAAUUUCAUCUGACGCUACGAAUCCAUACGAUACAGUGGUUAAGAAUUGUCAGGACGGAAAGCCCACUUUGGCUGUGAAAGGAUUUAUGGCUAGAAAUCGAUCAGAAGAGCCUAAAAUCAGCGAAGAGAGGGUUAGUGAAGGCAGAGAACUGAAAUCAGAAGCUGAUGGACUUCGUCCGGUCACUAAAAUUGGGGUUAUUCAUUCACUGGUCAAUCAUGGUAAGGUGGUAUUGAUGAUUUUAUGUUUUUUAUUGUUAUAGAAGGAGAAGUCUUGACGCUGAUUUUUAUUGGAAAUAAGGUUGAAAUACGUCCAGAUUUUUGUUUGACUCUAGUAUAAUAUUUGUUGCAGUACUUUUAGAUGUUUUUGUACUAUAUAUUACUACCUACACUUUCAAAGGCAUCAGAUGUUAGGAGUGCCUAAGCCCCAGGCUAGAUUUUUUAAAUUUUAAAACUCAAUUUUAGAUCAAAAACCGCUAAAAACCCCGAAAUCUGGUCGAAAACUUCACAAAACCGAAGGCUUGGAUUCGGAUCUACAGGACAUGCCCGUUCCACCACCCCCAUUACGUCUCACUUCCGACCUGACAUUAUUAUGCAAUAACAAACAAGGUGAGAAUAAUAUGUCUAUAGUAAUAUAAUCGACUUACAGCUGCGUCUAUUAUAAUCGAGCUUUGUCUAUAUUAAUGUAGGGCUUUUAGUUUAUUAAGGUGAUGGGUGGGGUAUUUUGAUUAUAAAAAGGUGAAGGAGGGGGGGGGGAGGGGUACGGAAAAUUUUUUUUAGUGGAGGGUAAAUUUAAUGACAGGGUAGGUAGAGCAGAGUAGGAUAGGGUAGAAUAAGGUAGGUUAAGGUAGGGUAAGGAGAGUUAGAGUAGGGGUACCUCAUAAAAUAAUGAGGAGAAAUGUAAUAAACAGCGUGUCAAUAAAAUAAUAGGGUAUUAUUAUUUAAUAAUAGACCUGUUUGACAAUGUCAAGGUGUUAGGCUGGUUACGUAUAUUAUAAUUGGGGAUUAGGUUCGACUCAAUUUUUGUUUGUUCGGCUGAAAGAUGAGUGAAUUGAGAUGGAUAAUAGCGAGUUUUUAGUUGGUUUUUGCUACAGAUUUACUAGACAAUAUUAUUUUAGGUAACCAGGAGUACAAAAAUAGGAUUUUAGUUAUUAAAAUGUACUAUAAGAUAGAUUUUUAAGUCGUUUAUGGAUUUUAAAUAACAACUUUCACUAAAAAAUGUAAUUUAGGUAACAAUAUCUAUUAAGCACUACCCCAUCCCCUCAAAAAUCAAAAACCUUGGAGGUGACAAGAGAUUAGUGUCCCAACCCCUCAAAACAGCUGUCUUUAUUCAAAUUCCGUAGUCAAAUGAGAUGUGCCUUUGUUUAUGCCACUGAUCUUGUCUAUUACAAUGCCAGUGUUCUCUCUCUUUUUUAAAUUUAUUUCGGGGGUACCUUCAGGCACAAAUUUAUAGGCGGAGGUCGAAUGAAUGGGUUCGGUUAUAAUUUGAAUGGGUUUGGGUGGGAGAAAAGUGGUUGAGGGUUUUGCGGGAGGAAGUUGGGGUAGGGUAGAGGGAAGGGGGGGGGGUGGGUGGGUGAUUUAUGUUUAAGGCUGUGUUUUAAACAUUUUUUUUGUGUUGUUAGGGGUCCCGAUGGGAAUUAUUUUCUGAAGGGUAGGAUAAGGCAAAAUGCCUUGUGAUAAUGUAUAUAGAUCAAAACGUAGGGUUAAUAGUUGAGAUUUUUAUUUAAGGCGGUGGAAGGGGUAUUUUGAUUAUAAAAAGGAAAAGGAGGUGUACAGAAAAAAAUUUUUUUGGUGUGUGGCACAUUUAAAACUAGGGAAAGGGAAGGUGUAGUAGAGUAGGGUAGGAUAGGGUAGGGUAAGGUAGGGUAGAGUAAGGUAGGGUAGGGUAGGGUAGGGUAGGGUAGGGUAGGGUAGGGUAGGGUAGGGUAGGAUAGGGUAGGGUAGGGUAGGGUAGGGUAGGGUAGGGUAGGAUAGGGUAGGGUAGGGUAGGGUAGGGUAGGGUAGGGUAGGGUAGGGUAGGGUAGGGUAGGGUAGGGUAGGGUAGGGUAGGGUAGGGUAGGGUAGGGUAGGGUAGGGUAGGGUAGGGUAGGGUAGGGUAGGAUAGGGUAGGAUAGGGUAGGGUAGGGUAGAGCGAAGUAGGUUGACUUUUUUUGCUCUUUUCUACCCCAUUCUCUUCCGCUUUUACCUCCAUUCUUCUUUUGUAACCGACACCCAUGCCCUUUGACAAUGAGUAAUGGUCAUUUUACGUUUCUCAAAUAAUCAGAAUCCUGACGUAACAUCAAGUAUAAUAUAACCUUAGCUAAUGGGUCACUCUUUUCACAUUUUAUGUUUAUUUUUUUGUCGGAAACAGUGACCGGCUCUUUUUUUUGAAAUUCGAUCCUCCAAACAGUGUUUUCAUGAAAUGAAAUCGAAAUUUAGAAUCUGACCACUUGAGGCAUUUUCUAAUUAGUUUUCGACCAGAUUUUAUCGGUCUGAGAAAUACGAACAUGUGGGGUCAUGUUGCAUUAGAUAUUGUCGUAAUAAGGAGGGAUAUUCGUUUAUUGGUUUAGAUUGGGAGACAGGUUUAGAUGAGGAGGUGUACAGGUUGUUCAAGAUUUUAUGUAGGUGGUUUUUAAUGAGGUGUGCGGGUUAUGAUCUUAUUAAUGAGCUGAUAAGCCUAAUAUAAACGAUAUGGUAGGAGAGUGGGUUAGGCGGCUGAGAUAUACACUAGGGCAGGGAUCAGCUCUUUUUCACAGAUUUAUAACUUUUUGGAGAAAGGUUGGCACUAAAAUUUUUAUUUAACAUUGGCAAUGGUGGUUUACAGUGUAAAUUCUUUAGUAUUUAUGACUUUCUAUAGUGUUACAUCUUCUUUAUAAUGAAAGCUUCAUGACCGCUCUUUGUAAUAAAAAUUCAAUGAAGAUGGACCUGGGUACUAUUACAUUCUGUUUAUAAGUAAAUGUUUGGACUAGUCUCUUUAGUGUCAUACAAAAAAAAGGUUUUACUGUAUUUUUGGAUUUUUGUGUUUCUUGUGUCAUUAUGUAUUUACAUAACAGUAUUUUUUUGCUUUAGCAUGUCUCCCAAUUACUUGUUUACACUUCAAAGACCACGUAUCCUUGUCCAAAAAGUAUCAACUUCUAAUUCUAUUUUACUCUAUUACUUCUUGCUCUUCCAAGUAAUCUUCUACUAGCUCAACAUUACAUAAUCAACUUAUGGUUACUUUAGUCUAGCCAUGCUUUAUUUGGGAUGGGGUUAGAGCUAGAGCUAGGGCUAAGUUUAUAUUAACUACCAUGCCUUUUAACUUGUAAUGUUAACUGCCAUAUCCUUUAAUUAUGCUAUUACAUCAACUACCAUGCUCUUAAUCUUUGUCACACCAACUACCACGCCCUUGCCUUACAACUACAUAAUUUAAUGUUUUAGAGCCGAGCGUAAUCAAAUUUGAAGCCAUGCAGAGCCAAGUGGAUAAUGCCAAGACCAUACGACGAGUGAUGCGGCUGGCUUAUCGCCACAGGGAGCGACACGACAGGUCAGUGCAGACGGGGCCUAAUUUGUUAAAACAGCGGGAGGGCGGGGGUUUUUUUUGAAGAAAAGAGGGGUGAUUUGUGUGUGAAAAAAAAGAUUGCCAAAUAUGGAUAUGAAAUAGAUAUAUUGUCUUAUAUUAAAGGGUGUUUUGAAGGUUAUGUUAAGAUUGACGUUGGGCAGGGUGUUUUGGUUUGUAAAAUGGGGUGGGGUUUACCUAAAAAUCAGUUUUGGUUCAAGAUUGAAAAUUGUUACCUAAAAUGUUUACAAAACAAAAUUUUAAGCUUUGUUUGACUAUUUUUUAUCACCUAAACCUUUGUUUUUAAAAAAAUGUUGUUUUCCAAUCCCAUCUGAUCUCUCAAAAACGGAAAUCCGUCGGCUUCGUUUGCCGUUUUUUGGCCAACGUAUUAAGGUUGGGAGGUCCAAAAGGGCGCUUAAUGUGAAUCCCACUGAAACUUUGCUAAUAUUUUACUUUUGGGACAAAGAAACGGUUAAAAGUAGGGAUAUUGAAGGAUUUUUUCCUACUAUGAUCUGUUCGUAUAUUGAUCAGGGAUGGCGCUAUAGAUAUUUUCUUGAAACAGGGGGGGGAGGUGAAUACUAAAAAAAUUUCUAGCUUCAGAUUACCUGUGCAUUUAUUUUUCAAUUUUUUUUUUAUUUUACUACGUUCGGGGGCCUAUUUACCCGUUGAUUUUUUUGGACCAGCUUUGGGAUGGGGGUGGAUUUUUUUUAAUGGAACUUAUUUACUCCCUCUCUUUCUUAGCUGUGCUCUUGAUAUUGACUACAAAAAAUUUUAAUGUUUUUGAAGUAUUAUAUUUUUUAGUUUUUUUAAAUUUUUUUUUGAUAAAUCAAAUCAUUUUUAGGCGUAUUUUACACUAGUUUUUAGCCAAAAUAAGUUUUAUUUUUAAUUUUGAAUUUUAAUUAAAUUUUUAUUUUUAAAAUUUAGUCAAAAUUUUAUUGGAAAGUUUUGGAAAUUCCUAUUUGCAAAAGUUGAAAGAGGUCAUGAAAGUUUUAUUGUUAUUGGGAUUGAGGAUAGAUCAGUUUGUUUGAUAUCUAGGAUAACAUAGAUAUAACAUUGGCCUAGUUUUAAUCUAGAAUGGGGAGAGGUAAAAAACUAAAAAAUGAAAACAAAACAUUUAAAGGUUGGGUGAGGAGAUAGACAAGAAAAUUUUUUUAAAAAUUUUUUUUGUUUGCUAAUUUUUAAAAACGCAUUUCUUUAGUUACUGUAAUAUGUUGUGCUUAAAAAUUUUUACAUAACCUAGUAUUGUCAUUUCCAUACUUUUUUUUAACUAUUUUUUAUUCUUCGUUUUUUACCCCCCCCGCCUCCCCCUCCCCAUCUUUUAUUGUCUAAUUUGGUUGUUUUCGCGCUGUCUUUUGUUGCACUUGAACUUUGACUAAAAGUGCGAUCCAGAAUUAGCUAAAUUAAUUCAUAAACUCUGUCAGUCGGGGACCGUUCCUAAGCGCCCCAUCCAUGGUUUUGUCGCGCACUCAUCGCUCCGUCGUCUUCUUCCUGAAAUUUGAAUAAUAGCACAUUAGUGGAACCGUUUCCGGUCAAACGCUUUUCUAGCCCAUGCCCCCUGGCAACAGCGACGGUCCACUUAUUCGCGCGCACAAUAUGCCUCCAGGGCAUUAUGGGAUUGCGGCCCUUACCUUUUGUUCAGGUUAUUAGGGAUGAAAUCGCAGGGCGGAGGGGGUUUAGGGUAGGGUAGUAGGGUAGGUAGGGUAAGAUAAGAUAAAGUGAGAUAGGGUACGAUAGGACAGGGUAGAGUAGGGUGUGACAAGGCAGAGUAAGAUAGUGUAACUUAAGGUAAGGCAAGGUUGAGUAGAAUAGUUUAAGGUUUUUCAGUUACACUAGAAGCCUUUAGGCAGUAUAGUCUCAGCAACUUUUGCCCAGAGGGUAAUUUUGAUGUUGGAGCGGGGAGAGGUGGCCAAAAAAAUUUUUUUUGUUACGGUAAUCUUUACUAAUAAAUUUUUUGCAAAAAAAAUUUCGAUAGUUUAUUUCAACCCUUUAGCCUGUUUUGACUUUUACAAGCUGAAACGUUCAUUACCAAAAUUAGGACAUCUUUGGCGGCGUUUUUUAAAAAAAGGUGUGACAAAUUAUUUUAACGACACAUUUAUUUUUACCUUUGAAGAACUGAUGUAGCUGAUUUUAAUCUAACAAGAUCUAUUGAUUUUAUAAAAAUGUUUGAUUUGAGAUCUUGUUUCUUUGUAAAGUUACCUUCUUGUACAAGAAUAAUUACAAUGAUUAGGGAUGGCGCUAGGGGAAAGGAGGUAAAUGAGGGUGCAUCUACCCCUCCAGUUGAAACGAAAAAAUUUUUAUAAGUAGCAGUUACCGGGAGGCUAUAAAUUUUUUGUUUUUUACCCUUCUCAAAAGAACUGUAGCUAAAUAUAGCGACGUCUUUGAAUGUGAUGGCAAUUUUUGUUAUCUAAAACAAUUUUUUAAUUAUUUUUAAAUUUGAGUUUAAGUUUUAAAAAACAAAAAAAAAUUAUUUAUAGCUUCAUUCUUAUUUUAAUCUUUCCAAAAUCUACAAAACCGAACGCGCAAGGUCAAGUUUUAUGUUCGAAGCAGCUCCAUUUCAAUUCAGUUUAUUCCAAUUUGCAAAGUCCAUAAAGCCUUCCAAUUCAAAGUCUUUUUUUUCUCGUUUGAUCGCCUCGUUUUAUGGCGAUUUUUUGAAACGAAACUCUUUAAGUGCGUUCGUAGUAGCAUCUGCCAUUUGAUCCCCUUUACCGCGCAGGCCUCUUCAAAGUCGCUGGAGUUGAGGAAACGAGGAGAAAUCAGUGGUUUUUUGCAACAAAUCUCUCAAUUUAUUUAUUUUUAUUGGCGGUUCUGGCUCUGAAUAGCCUUUGUUAAGUGGGAAAGUUUGGGUUGGAGGUAGGGAUUAGGAGGGGGAGGAUGGGGUAAUUAAAAUUGAGGAAAUUAUAGAUUAUUUAGAGGAGUUUUUGAAAUUGUUAAAGGUGGUUAAAACUUAAAAUUUUGAUUUUUGAGUUUUGAGACUCCAGUGGAACCUAUAGUAAAGUAGACACCUCAAAGGUGGUUCAUUAAGCCCAGGGACGUCAAAUUCGAAGGCCCGCACACAUUGGAGGACCAAGGGCCGAGGUAUAAACUAAAGCCUGGUCCGCGGGCUGGGUCGACAAUUUUUGUCCUGCCCUUUACAGGUUUUGUGGAAUAAAAGUUUUUUUGAAAAACGUUUAAAAGAUAUGUUUUCCAGCCGUUUUUUACCUUAAAUCGUUAUCAAUAAAUAAUAAAGCAAUAUAUUUUUCAAAUAAAAGUACGAGUUUGAUAAAAGUUUAGAUAGCAUAUUUAAAAAAAAAACUAUCAAUAAAUAGUAAUAUCACUAUGUUAAAAAGUUUAAUUUGGGUCUUUCUUAUCAAACAAUGAAACUUUUUCUUUAACUUUUAUGGUAAAAAAAUAAUUUGGUGAUAUAAAGGAGUUUAACUUUAGUUUUUAAACUGUUUGUAUUGAGGGCUUAUUGCACUUUUUUAAAUUUAAAAGAAUGUCAAGUUGAUAUUCAAUUAUCGUGAACAUUUUGAGGUGUUUCAAAAGACUUGUUGUUGAAAAUCUUUUAAGUUCAGAAGCAAUAGGGCUUUAGGGUACUAAAAAUUAGCUUAAUAUUAUAUUUGAUGCUAUAGUCAUGAACCUCUCUAGGACAGAGGAUGGUAAAUGAGGGUGGAACCACUCCUCUAAAGCCGGUCCGGAAAAAAAAUUCACAAAUCUGAUCGUGAAAAAUUGAAAAAAAAUUUUUUUUGUUUUUUACCCCUUCCUCCGUUUAAAAAAUGGUAAAACAUCUGUAGCAACGCUUCUAACUACAGUAGUUUUUUUACAUUUUCUAUUCUUAACUUUGGUGUUAAAUGCCAUAUCAACUCUUUAUUGCCUCGGCAAUGUCAUCUUUGAUUAUCUCCUUCUUCUCCAUCGUUCUCUGAUCUAUUGGCCAUUUUUUCCACACACAAUAUCACACAACCCCUGAGGCGUUUUUUGACCUCUACAAAAAAUGUUUUUUAUAAAUUGAGACAUUUAUAAAUGAAAAGCACAUUUGAUUGUUUCAAAUUAGAAGAACACUUGAACGGCGAUAAAAACGUGCUGAAUCGUGCCAACAUUUUCACUUUUUCUUUUUCAGCUUCGAAGACAGUUCAUCCAUUUCCAGCGGACUCUCGGAGAACCUGGACGACGUUUCGACGGACGAUUUAACUGGCAGGUCGGUUAAUUCGAGACAUUAUUUAUUGCCCUAAAGUUGGUUUUUUGGCCGCUGGGUUUAGAUUAAUUGAAUUUGUUUGAAAGGAAGGUUUUUUGGUGCAAACUUGAGGCUUUAGCGAUGUUUUAUAGCCAAUAAUAAGGUUAUUAUGGGGGUUUUAUAGGGGUUUUGGGCUUGCUUUUGGGGCUGUAAUGAUCAUAUUUUUGUUGUAAUAAGGUUAGUCUUUUUAAUAUUACAAACGCAAGAGCUAUGUUUAACAAAAUUAAAAAAAUUUUGUUCUUGCGCUACUUACUUUACUAAAUUGUGGUAAAGUAUGCACUAAAAUAAAUUUUCUUAAUAAAUUUAUGAGCUCGAAAAGGUAUAAUCUUAUUUUUGGCCUAAAAUAAGCGGUUUUAUGCCGAUUUCUCUCAAAAUUCUUGCGGUUUCAUCUAGAGAAAUUGUUGUUUUGAUAACAGAAGGUUAUAAAAUGACAGUUUUAAUAUUUAAAAAAAUUAUUAUUUUGUUAAAAAGAACUAAUAAAUGAUCAAGGUGGAACUAGGUCGGGAAUUUGAAAAUCAGCUAAGCACGGUAAACUAGGUCUGUAAAGAGCCGGGCGGGGCUCACUUUUUGGAGAGUUGAAAGAUGUUCGUUAUACAAGAUUAUUGUUAUAGACGAGUUAGAGGAGUUCUACUGUACAGCCAAAAUUUAUGAUGAAAAGCAGUAAUAAAUUGUCAUUUCUGGGCGGUGGCAAGAGCCAUAUGGGCGAAAAUUUGCAUAUUUUUUAUAUUAUAUCAAACCGGCUUUGCUAAAAAUGAACUUGGCUUUGUAAGACUUACGUUUUAUGCUUUUGGCCAGAUUUGGAGGGAUUUGGGUUUAUGGGUCUAAUGACGUAUUUUACAUUGAAUUUUUAAAUUUUUACGGUUUAAAUUAAAAGACUGUCAACUUGUAAAAAUGGCUAUACAGUUCAAUUUGAGCACCUAGUUACAUCAUGUUUUGUUUACCCAGUCGAUUGUCACUAAUUUUGUCAGAUGAAAAUUAAUUAAAUUUGUGAGGUUAGGGCAGUAUCUGAAUACGAAAAUCUCUCAGAAAUUCUUGUUUUUAUUUACGAGUACUGUUCUGAUACUGGCUUAAUACUGCAUUAGUAUUAGAGGGGUUUGCAGAAAAUUGGGUUUUGUAAUGAAUAUGGCUAUAAAAAUGGCAUUUUUCCUGGUUUUUUAGUGGAAAAUUGGCUAAAAAAUUACGUUUCUUGGCCUAAAGUCUUUUUUAAAACUUACCGUAGUAUAAAAAAUCUUGGCAAUACCUAUUUCAACAUAAGAAAAUUAGUUUCAACCUACUAUAAUAUUACAAAUUUUGCCAAAAACGACAAAGUACAUCAUAUUGUAGUAGGCCUGCAUCUCCCUUAUUAUUCACAAAAGGAAUGUGAUUAUAUAAAAGUAUUUACAGCUCCCUCUCUGACCAUAACAUGACAGCGGCGACGAGCUCGGUCCCAUCGCGCGGCCAGAUCCUCCCACGGGCCUCGAAAGCCUCGAACUUUGAGAAUGCCCAGAGGGAACAACAGCGGAAGCUGGUCGAACAACAACAAUCCGUCGUCGAGGAGCUGCUUCAGAAGUCGAGGUCUUCACAGCGGGGUUUGGCUUUUCAGAACAGUGUUCAGGUAAGGGUGCGGGGUUGGGUUUUUUUUUGUUGGGGGAAGGGGGGGGGGCUUUAUUUUAAGGUCUUUUAGGAGUUUUUAGGAAGGGUAAAAUUUUUUUUUCGGGGGGGGAGGGGGGGGGGAGUGGUUUUUUGGUGGGAGAUGGGGUGGGUUGGAAGUAAGUGAUUAUUCAAGGGACUAAAAAGGUUUUACUAUAAACCAAAAAAUCAUCAAAUUUUAACAAAAUUUGAUGAAAAAAUAUGGCUACGGCAAAACUACUGUAACUUUGGAAAGAUAGUGAUUUUUGAAAACGUUUUUGUUCCGUUCGAUGGGUAAUACACUAAGCUAUAUUAUCACAAGUUUUUAAAUUUUCAUCUUUAUUUUAAAGUAUUUUACGAUCAUUUUAGUUAAGACACAUCAAAUUUUCUUCUUUUUGCCAUAUCUUACUUUACAGUAAAAAUCGAACGCCCAUUUUUUACCGUUUUCUACCAUAAUAUUCAAAUUCGAAUGACUCAAUAAAAGAGUUGUAUUCGAAUGAGUCAAGAGUUAUAAGAUUUGUCAACUUUUUUUUCGAAACCCCCCUAUUGAAAUUGAUUUGUCUCGUAAAUCUUGGCAGAUUUUAUCGCUCGCGCAACGGUCAUUUCGGCUCUUUGGAAGGAAUGUUUUUGCCGGGGUGUCCAAAUCUUUUUUAAAGAGCGGCCGAUGGUCAUUUCUAACUGUUUUAAAUUUUUGAAGCGUUUCCGCGAAGCCCCAAUUUGAAUACGUUUCGAAACGUAUUUUUUGGAAUUAUUAAAGGCAGCCGGCUUCAAAUGGCUUUAAUGGACAUUACGAUGGGGCAUGGUGGGGGAGGGGCAAAUAUUUAGUACUAGAGGGGUUGAAUUUGAAAAUUAUUUUAAAAUGUCAUUUUGUAAAGAACGGUUUUUGUCAUUUUUCGAGUGUAAAGAAUGUUUUUGUCAUUUUUUACUUGUGUAAAGAAAGUUUUUGCAAUUUUAAAAUUUUUCAAAUAAUUUUUGAAAAUUUAAAUUUUAAAAAAUUAAAAUAAUUUUUUCAAUUUCAGUCAACCAGUACAACAGAUUUUGGCCGAGUAUACCACACAUUACAUGGGGCAGCACCAACGCUUAGUGCUGCACAAAGAGUACCACAUGUUCAGCUGAGUGCUGAUGGGGAUUCAUUACACAUAAGAAGUCAUAACAAUACUCCAAAUUGUACGUUUUUUGAAUUUUUGUGGUUUUUAAAGGGUUUUACAUUUUGAAACUUGAGUUUUUUACUGACCCUACCCUACCCUACUCUAUCCUACCCUAUCCUACUUACUUUACCUUAUCUUACGCUACUCUACCUUACCCUACAGUACUCUACUCUAUUUUAUCUUACUCUACCAUACCAUGCCCUGCUUUAACCUACCCUACUAUACCCCGCCAUGUCAUGCCAUACACCACCCUAACUUAUCUCACCUUACUUUCUUUUGUUCUACUAUACUUUACUCUUGCUUUACUCGUGAUUUCAUCUACUCUACCGUUUACUUUUGUCCUAAACUCACUUUACCUUAACCUAACUUUAGGUCUAUCUUUUCUUUACUUGAGUCUUAACCCUGUUUUACCUUAGCCAGGCCUUAGCCCUACCAUAGCUAUUUACUAUACAUUUAACAUUAUCCUAACCUAGAUUUACUUUUAUUUUGCUUUGAGCCUAAUUUUUUAUUUUACCUUACUUAAUUUAAAAAAAUUUUGAUUUCAAAGCCCAGCUUUACUAAAACAACUCAAACUAAUGUCCAUUCGAGUGUCUUUAUGAGUUGAAUUCCUCUCUUUACAUUUUUUGUUCACACGUUUCCACUUUAGUUGGUACACAAACCUCCUCAGUUCAUUACAACUGCCAUUCAUUGGAUCGACAGGGUCAUUUGAAGACCUAUUUGGAGCCUCAACGUCACCAAAUACAACAGAGUGCUUAUAGUGAGAUUGGACGACCGACUGACCCAUACAUGAUGAAUAUGACACAUAGGAACAGUGGUAGGUGUAUUAUGAGUAAUUCUUGUUUUUUUUUGUUUAUGGGUAAUUUUUAAAAUUUUUGUGCGUGUUUUAGUAUUUUGGAGCUAUUUUUUUUUAAAUCAAAAUUUGUAAAAUGCGUUUUUUCUGAUCUAUAAUUUAGUUUUUUUAAAAAUUUUUUUAUGUUUUUACAACUCUUUCUAUGUGUUAAAAGUGUGUUUCCUAAUUUUCCUUGCUUACACUAACAUAAUAUAAUUGUUCAAAUAAUUCUGAGCAAUUAAAUCUUGAAAAUUUUUUUGAGAGGUGGCACAGAACUAGCUGAACAUCUUAGGUUGCUUAGAAUUAAUUGAACAACCUAGGUGGCUCAGAGUUUUUUGAACAGUCUAAUAACUAAGCCCUAAAAUACUACAAUUUCAAAAAUCCUAAUUUUCCGCCAAUUGAUAACAAAAUGCUUAACAACCUAUGUUAUUUUGCUUUAACCCUAUUGCUUGUCGAUUUAGACCGUUCCCAUCAAGCACGGUCCUCGUCCGUCUCCGCGAUGAACUGUCCGUCCCAAAUGUCUCGGUCCAUGGUGUUCUACGAGUCCGAUACCAAUAUCAACAAAAUUAACAACAAUUCACGCCAAUUAACGUCGCGAGAACGGCUGUACGCUGAGAUGAUGGCGGCGGUUUCGAGUCCGCGAAGCACGACCAGUCGAUCGUUGAGCCGGGCUUCGCCGCGGCCCAGUCGAGCUUACUUUAGCCUGGCUAAUGAGAGGCCUAAUCGCAACGGUACUGCUUGUUUAAUUUCUUUUUAGUACUGUUUGGCAGAAAGUUCAUAGGAUAUAAUAGUCGCAAAGUUUGUGAAAAUUGCAUUUUCUUAGUUUUUAAAGCUGAAACGGGUUUAAAAAUGCAUUUUUAUACCAAUUUUGGUCAUUUUUGUGAUUCUCUGAUUACUUUUUGACUAAACAGUACUAUUUUUUGCUUGUUUUUGUUGCGGGUUUCUGUUCAUUUUUACCAUGGUGAAGGUAUAAUGUUAACAUUGAGGAUGAUUAUUGUUUUCUUUGUUUUCAAAAUGACAUUUUUUGGAAUUUAGGUAACAACUGUAUUAAGAAUGGUGAAAAACGUUUAAAACUGAUUUUAAAAUUUUAAAAAUUAGUUUUUUGUUUAACUUUAGUUAUGAAAAAAAUGAAAAAAGAACAUUUUUUGAAAAAUCCGCACCAAGUGUACCAAAAAAGGGUUUUAUGGUACCACGUGUACCAUGAAAGCAUUUUAAGGUUUAAAACUUUUAUCUACUUCAAUAUUACUUUAGGUUCAUUAUCAGCUCGACUGCCAGGCCCAGACUAUGGUAGUCGGAACAAUCUUCGACUGCACAAACUUGGCGCUGAACUACAUUGUAGUCCACGCUCACAGCCAACGUUUGUACGCCUAAACAGCCAAUGUACCGGUUCACAAAUCUCACUUUCUCAUCGGUCCGAAAGUCCUUAUGCUAAUGUAAGUUGGUUUAUAAGGCUUUAAUAUCGGUUUUCCUAUUAUGUUGUUCACAUAAUUUUGUGCUCCAUAAUCUAGAAAACUCAAAAAGCUAAUUUUAGUUUGACCAUCAACAAGAAUUGCAUCGACUGAAUGAUGAGAUGAACUCUUAUUGUCGCAAUUUGUACAACCAAGACCAUACUCUACAACAAUUCGAAGCCGGUUUGGAGUCGAUCAAGCUUCAAGUUCAAAAGGUCUGCAAGAAAAAUGUAAGUUUAUACCUAAAGUGGUAAGAAAAAGUAGAAUUUUAUACCAAAAAUUUAUGAAAAAUAUAGUUUUUUUGGUUGAAAAAUAAACUUUUUGUUACCUAAAAUCUUCUUGAAUUGAAAAUAUGGUUUUAUGUUAACUAAAACCUUAUCUUUUCAGCCCUCACAAGCUGAAGCCUUGAUGCAGCGAAUUGAAGAACUGAAAGCUUUGAGCAUUGACUUGACACGUCGCGACUCUUCAUUGAAACGUCAUCCUUCAGUAGAAAGUGUACAAAGCUAUGCCAGUGUGAAUUCGAAACGAAAUGUUGAUAAAAAUGGCAUGCUGACAAAGACUGGCAAGAAAAGCUGGGUAGGUUAACGUAAUUUAUACAAGUUUGGGCUUAAUAUAAUCUAAUCUAAGGUUUAUAUGGAUCAAGUUUAAUGUUAAUGUGGAUCAAAGCAAAGGUAAAGGUCUACCUUUGCUUAAUUUUCUUAAAAAUAUGUUUUUUGGUCAAUUUUUAUGUCAACAUAAAGGUAUAAAAGCAUCGUCUUGUCUUGAUAUUUUGAUAAAAUAUUCAAGAUCUGGUUAUUUUAAUAUCGAUUUAAACUUAAAUUUAUGAUUUUAGGGCUUAGGCGCUAGCAAAGAGGGCAGUCAGGUAGUUUAGGUGUUGCAUAUGGUUAGAUGUUGUACAAAGUUAGGUGUUGUACUAGGUUAGAUGUUGUAUUGUGUUUGAAAAUUGUAUAUUGUAGUAAAGUCUUGUUGUUUAUUUGAAUAUUUUCUUUAUUUUGUUUUUCAAAUGAUUCUGUACCCCUAACUUCUAAAAUAAAAAAAAGUGAAAUUAGUUUUGAGAGGGGGCACAGAAUUAUUUGAACAACAAAUAUUUACCAUGAACUUUUUUUUGCACGGUGCAAUGACUCAAGCUACUAAUACUUGAAAAAGCGAGUUUUGAAGGAAAAAGUGAAGGUUUUUAAAAAAAUCUAAGGUCUUGAUGUUGUUAUUGUUAGUAUCAUCAACAGUUCUUAUCAAAAAAACAUUUUACAUUUUUCAGAUCCGAAGCUCGUUCAGCCGCGCAUUCAAAGGAAAAAAGCAAAAAUCUGAGGACAAGGGAUCCACCACCAAACUCAACGAAGCCGACGACGAUAUUCAUCAAUUGAAGAUGGAGUUGGAAGAGAAAGAUCGUCAGCUUGGAGACGUCCGCCUUGAAGCCUUGGAUAAGUCACGUGAACUCGACAUGCUUCGAGAGACCGUGAGCCGUCUGAAGAACGAAAACAAAGCCCUGAAGCACACCACGGUGCUCCUGGAACGCCGUGCCGUGCGCACAGAGAGUCGUGCUAGCUCACGACAAUCGCUGAGUACGUGCUGUCACGAAGAGGAGCAACUUGAAAACUCGAGUAUUCCGGAAAGAAGUUGCUCAUCUUCAACAUCAUCUAAACGAUCUUCUGGAGGUCUGAAUGCUCGAGUUGUGGUUGAAAUGGACACCAGCGGUAGUAUGGAGUUUGGUGCUCAACAAGAGUUGAACAUUGGCACUCUGAGCGUGGUUACACCUACUACAACAUGGAACGAUGUUGAUCGGUGUUUGAAUAGUAUGAUUGAUGAUUAUAUGAGGAGAAUUGAUCCUGGCCAGAAGUUGGGGCUGGUUGGCCAAAAUUGCUUGAUUGGAUAUCAAGUAGGGUACCACAAGGGUCAGGUUGGUGGUCAUGAACAACAUCUUCAACUACCAAAUCGAGCCAAAAAUGAUAGUCCACAAAUAUCACCUAAACUUGGUCAAGAUAUGAAAGGUGAUCAACUUAAUGGCUUGAAGUUAGAUUAUCAACAAGAUCAAGAAGGUACAGCAGAUAAUAUUCGGAAUAUUAUACUUGAUACCUAUCCAAAAUCAUCUCCUCAUGAGUUGAUAACUCCUUCAGUGAUAGUUAAGCUCAAGCUAAAGGGGGCGGCUCAAAAUGACAUGGACUCUCUUGUGAUCGAAUCCUUAUUCCCCAAAGAAACCCUUCACAAACUACUGAGCCUGCUGCUGAAGUCAAGACGACUUGUCAUAAACGGACCGACAGGCAUUGGCAAAUCGAACCUAUCUCGUUUCCUAGCCAAAUAUCUGGCUAGUCAACAGAAUAUUCAGUUAGACAAUGUACACGACUUCAACUUCCCUAUCAAUGAUUACGAAAAACAGUCCGCGUCGGCGAAGAAAGAGCUGGAGCAGCUGCUGCGAAGCGGCGAAGACGCCAUUGUCCGAAUCGACAACACACCGCGCAAAGCCGUCGACGUUUUGUGCAGCGCUUUCGCCACGGCCGACGAAUUUUUCAACGGAAAAAGCCGCGGACCCUACGUGAUCAUAACUCUGAACAAGACGAGUGACAUACAGUUGAAUGAUCUUCAAGUCAACUACAAUGUCCACUUCUUUUCGUUGUAUUGCCAAAUGGAGCCGGUUAAAGGUAAGGCUUAGAUCCUGCACCGAAAGGGGGAUUAUAGGGUAGGGUAGGGUAAAGUAUCGUAUUUUAGGGUAAGGCAGGGUAGGUUAAAGUAUUGUACUAUAUGGUAGGGUAGGGAAUAGUAGAGUAAAGUAAGGUAUGGUCAGGUAGAGUAGGGUAAGGUAAGUAUAAAUUGAACCUAAAUUUUCAAAUAUAAUUUUUUUUAAAGUUUAAAAAUUUUCAUUUCAGGAUACCUAGCCCGCUACCUCCGCCGCCGAAUAGCUCAAGAAGAACUGACCGGCUACUGCAAAUGUGGUGAACAACUCCAAACAGUCAUCGACUUUCUAACUCAAACUCUUCAAAUCGUCAACGACUUUAUCAAAGAUGUCAAUAGUCUCGACACCAUCGGGCCUCGUAUCUUCUUAAGAUGUCCGUUACAAAUGGAUCAAAGUCGUGUUUGGUUUAUUCGGCUUUGGAAUACCAACAUCAUACCAUAUUUGGCUAAAGUGGUGAGAGAGAAUGACGCUACGUUGGAGAGUGAUCCAACACCGUUGGUUAAUGAACGAUGGCCAUGGUUGGAUGGGGUUGGUGGAGAAUGUGAGCUGAAGACGAUCAGAGAGGAGAUGAGAAAGGGCAACAACAGCUAUUCUGGCAGUCAGGCUUCUGCCAUUGACGCCAUUUAUGCUUUGGAUCUGUUUCAGGAGAAACGAAAUGGCAAAUCUCAGCUUCAGACGGUUGGAGUACUGUAA